CAGCAACGACGCCGGUUCAGUCAUCGGCAAGAAGGCUAGUAUCUUCCAACAGAUUAGCCUUCAAAGACAUAUCAGACAGGUGCUUUGCCUGAUCUGCAAAACUGAGUCAUAAGGCGAGCAUACCGACCUCCUUUCAUCUUACCCCACUGCAUAGAUUUGUAGCGAGCGCAGUCAUGCAUGAAAGAUUCUUUGAGCAAAUUGGGAGGCCUCCAAAUGAUAGCAAUCACGUGUUAAGCGACCCUCACGCAGAACGGCUGGGUAGGAGGCCUCGGUCAGCAGAUCUGUCUGUGAUACAUAGUCUAAGUGCUAAUUUGGAGGUGGGUCCCCUUGGGCGAAAGAAGCUGGAACCGCAAUCCUGGAUCUCGUGUUGGUUUCCGUUUGUGGCCAUAGCAAACGAAGCAGAGGUGCUUCGCCUAACCUCUGCAUCGCCUGGCCUGGGAUGUCAAGACCUUUUCAUAUAUUCAUGCUCUGCCUUUGUCGACAUUUCGAGUUCUCUUGCUCAAAAGAGGAUUCAAACAGUGGUCUUUGCUGGCAAAGCGAAUCUGAUCGCAGAGCUCGCAAACGAUUCAACGCAGGUCUCCGUGCCUACAACUUUCUUCAAGGCUCUACAGUUGGUGGAGUUAUUUUCGCUCAUGGGCAUUGACAGUAAAUUCAUGAUCUGCAGCAUCCCACAUGCGUGCAUUCUCUCCGAUAAAAGCACCUGAUCUAUUUAGUGAGCGCUUACUGUACAUAGACUCUACCAAUCUGUAAUGACUUAGGUAUAGCAAACCGUUUGUAAUUCUUUCGGUA